AUGAUCACGUGGAAGCAAAACAACUACACAGACACAAAGCAGAAGGCCAUUUUUAUUUUGCAAAACUACAAGACUCCUAAACAAAAGCAAUGCGUAUCGCAAGCGUGGGAAUUAACUAAAGAUGCAAUUGAGAAAAAUUUUUUAGAUGAAAUGUUUGAGAAAGUUGCUUUGAAUGGCGUCACCAGCGGAAAGAUAAAGAAGCGGGAAUGUUCAACGGCGUUUGAGGACACAAAAGAACAUGUAACCAGCACAAUCAACAAACUCCCAUUAAAAAUUCUCAAAUAUUCCAUGUUCACGCUGGUGACGUUAAAAGCAGCCGACAAACAAAAAAACGUCAUCAACGUCCACGUGAUCUGGAGUGCAAUCAUUAUCAGUACAGCUAUUGGAAUGCCACAACAUCAACAUCAACAAAAACAUCAACAACAACAUCAACAACAACAUAUUAACAGCCACUACAGCAACAACAUCAGCAACACCAACAGCAACAUCAACAACAAAUCGUCAACAACAACAACAGAAGCGGCAAAAGCAGAACCGCUGAUGAAAAAAAUUAAUGAAAUCGUUAGCGUUGCUUCUAACAAUUAUGACAAUGUUGUUUAUGGUGAUAACAACAUUGCCAAUAUCCGCGCUAACUACCUUAAUAAUGUCAAUAACAAAAAAAUUGAAUAA